CAACGACCAUGGCACACCUAACAGAAUCACCACCGGCGUACACGCUAACCUCUGCUGCACCACUGAAGGAUGUGAAAGGACCGACUGAAGAUAUAUUCUCACUGCCGGUCGACGAGAUUGUCCGCAGAGCGCUACGAAGGCUCAGUGCGCACACACAUCUUAUUCUCUGGGGCGCCCACCUGGAUCAGCGCAUGGGCCUCCCGCGAAUACAAAAGAACUUCACGUUCCUCGUGCCCGACGACAAGCUGGAGACGCUGUCAGCGAUCCUCUCCCAAAUGAACCUCCCCGUUACCACGCUUCCAAACCACCUCGUACGCAGCGAGGGCGACUUUCUACGACGCGGUCGUCUCCACCGUGCUACCCGCGCCACAGACUCCUACGGCAUGCAAUGCAUCCAUCUCGUGCCCGCCUCGCUAGCAGGUUACACUGAAGACGAACUUGAGCCAACGCCGCUGGACGGCACCCUGGUCACGCUCUACGUGCCGCGCCCCUCUGCCGUCUAUGCGGGAAUCCUGCGCAUGAUGCUCAAGUACCGGAAGUUCUGCCCCGAGCGGUACAAGCUGCAGUCCGAUCUCGAGCUGCUCGUUUACUAUAACCUGCUCGGGCUUGAGAAGAUGUCCGCGGGGCACGAUAUCGAGGACUCCGAAAUGGAACAGCGCAGCGAAGAAGCGGCCGAGCGCAUCAGGGGGUGGGGACGGGCAGGCCAGUGGAGGGAAGGCGAGGAGUGGAUGGAAGAUGCACUUGUCGGGAUCGUGAAGGGAGAGAAGGAUAUAGCCUCCCUGCCGCAUAUUGGGUCUACCGCAGAUGGGAAGACCGCACGGACGCCCAAACCACUCGCCAGAAUGGACGACAGCUCCGAAACUAUUGCCCCCGCCCGCCAGCAACAGCAGGCGCGUCCUGUAGGCAGUGGACCCGUCUCGAUGCUUCCAUCUCGAUUGCAGUGCCGCGCGCAUGCGGUCUUGGCAACCCUCAUGCUAAAGUCCUCAAAGCCAUUGCGCGUUGUGCGGGUGCCGCCGGGCAUCGUCGGGUGCAGGUUCCGGGAGGUCCAGGUCUGGCGCAUCUCGGGCCCAUCAGGCGAAUUCACGAGCCUUGCCCCUUACAUGCUCCCUUUGAAUGGGUUCUCUCCUCGUGCACCACCGAGGUAUGCGAAGCAAGCGAUGACUACCACGACGCCGCCCGCGAUGGCGGGCUCGACGGCGCCGCCGACGCAUCUCACGGCGGACGCGGCGGUUGACACGACGACUACGAUGACCCCGACCCCCACAAGUGAGCCCUCAGAAAAGGCCCCGCGCCUGCAGGACCCGGAGACGCAGGCCCCGCCGACCGGCUUUGCACAUCGAUACCUCCCCCGCUUCAUCCCCUUCUUCGCAACAUUCCAACGUCCACGCCGACCCCGAGAUCGGCGCCGACUGCGCGAGAAGGCGGGCGAUGAGCAUGACAGCGCGGACGAGGUCCCGCGGCCGUCCAUGACGGGGAAGGCCGGGCAGACGUUCUAUGUGAUUAGGCCAGAGCCGCCGGCGCUGCACUUCAAGUUCAAGCCGCGGAAUCCGCUCCUUUACUUCCUCUUCCUGGUCUCUUGCAAUGUGAUCCUCCCGGUGCUGCUGUUCUACCCCCUCAUCAAUUUCACGCCGCUCGAGUUGCGAGAUGUGGUGGGCAUUAGCAGCUCGGCUCUCGGUCUGUCGAGCUGCUUCGACGCGCCAAUGCGAUUGUGGAAGCUCACUAAGCACCGUACUUCCUUCGGCCCCCUCAACUCGACGCGGUGGUUCCACCUAGACUUCUCCAUGUGGUUCUACACAACCGCUAUGCUCGUCUUCGCCAUCCCACUCAUCAUCGCACCCACCGUCCCCGUAUACGACAUGUUCAACAUGGCCACGGUCAUGCUGAUCCUCCCCGCUGGCGUCAUGUUCGCCCUCACCAUCAUCCCGCUGUCCCCUCGCCUCGAGAAUUGGCGCAGGCGCGCCGUACCCAUACAGAUCACAAGUGACGGAGUCGUCAAGGCGGCUCCCGUUGGCCUCAGGGUACAGCCCGUCACUCCUGGUACUACCGCGCCAAGCGACAAUACUUCUGCGACGCAUAUAGAGCAGCCCCGCCCGCCACCGACUACGCACUUCUACGAAGCCUUCGACGACGAUGAGGACCCGAAUCAGGGGCAUGCGCCGUACACGGCUGUCGAUGCAGAACACGCGGCUCCGUAUACGACACCCUAUCUGCCCUCUGAGGAGGAUCCUGACGAUACGCGCGUCAAGCCGGCGAUGUUCUACAUAAUAGAGGAUAUCGUUGCUGUCGACUUUGGCUACCGCCGACCUUGGCGUCGCCGCCUUCGUGCGCGUUGGCGCGCAUCUCCGCCGUUUCGCGAGCAUAUGCGCAGGCAAACGGCGUACUGGGUCUUCGCGUCUAUCUUCCACGCCGGCAUAACAGCCGCAACGACGUGGGGCUCGUCCUUCCGCUUCGCCUUUGGCUGGAAUCUCGGCAUGUUCUUCAUGUGGGCGUUGAUAGCCGGGUACUGCUCCUGGCUGCUUGCGCAACACGAGCUGGAGAACGAGCACACGUGGUGGGUCGACCGCGAGCGCGCCCUCUGGGCCGACGCCCGCGCUCGCGCCGGCCUCAAACUGGCCCCCAGUCAAGCACAUGCUGUAACAAGCGAGAAGGACGCGGAGAAGGCAGAGGAGGAAAAGCACGCUUCGGGCGUCGAGGGCAGAACCGCGCCCGCUGAAGGGAGAAAUGCGGCGGGCCAGAUCGUCGACGGCAUUGAGAUCGUUGGCGAGCCUGAGGAGAUCCCUUCGCCGACAUCCGUGACCUCCCACGCUUCGCGGAUGGAUCGGUCGUACUCGCUACCCGCUGUCGAGCAUCGUGCCAGGUUCUCCGAUGACCGUGAUAGGGUUUCGGGCGAGCGUGGUAGACCUGGGCGACCGUCGCUGCACGGCGAACACUCCGAGCCCGCGCCCAUCACGGACGACAGCGUCGAAAUCGUCGGCGUGCGUGAUCAUCAUGGGCGGUUGCGCGCGGCUCAGAGGGAGGCGGGAGCGCCGGACGCGCCGGGGGUGGUGCGGUUGGACGAGGUGAGGCGGUCGAAGAGUGAGCAUGGGAGGAGCAAGAGUGAGAGGCGGAGGAGUGAAGGAGGCGAGCGGAGGCGGUUGGACGAAAGUGGAAGGUCGAAGAGCGAGAGGAGGCGGAGCAUGGGAAGCGGGUUGAGGCGGAGGAGCGAGUCGAGGAGGCGGCAUAGUGAGCAGGGGCCGAGGCCGGUGGAGAGGUCGAAGUCGGAGGGAGGUACUAGUGCGAGUAAGGACGAGGGGGAGGGGGAGGAUGGGAGUGAGGAGAAAAAGGAGUGAGUGGUGGAAGUUCUGAAGCUCUUUGACGUCGGUCGAGCUGCGUGGAUGAUGACUGCUCUUUUGGAAUGUGUACACUAUCCCUUCGUUUGUACGACCGCGGUUCACUGGAUUACCUAGAUCAUGAUGAUAAUAUUGUAUGUAUGGUACCCUAUACACGUAGAUGUACAGACGAAUCUGUUCAUUGACUGCGUUCUGAGAGCGAUGUGUCGAG